UUCGGGAGCUCCAGGACUUACUUUUAUUGGACUUGCUUUUGCUUCGGACUUUACCUUGCUUUGUUUACCUUGCUUGUAAUGAUGUCACUCAACGCCUUGUUGUUCACUCUGUGUGUUUUUUCCACUUAUUUUGGUCAAGUCUUGUUACUCGGAUUUCGUAGUGGGCCAUUCCACAGUAACCAUGAAUUCCAAAUAGAGCCAUCACAGAGAUCACGAUUUUUGGAAAGAGAACAUAGACCAUUUAUGAGGGUACUUCAACCUCCUUCACCUGUCACCAGAUCAGCAGAGACAACGCCACCUGUGAAAUAUCAAGGACCUAUUAAGCGUGGAGGACCACCUUAUCUUUAUAUUCAACCAAUGACAGCUAACAAGAGACAAAGAAAUAGUAGGCGACUCAUACUUACGCUGCCCAAAGAUAAUAUUCAAAUUUUAAACGCUGAGGCUAUGUCGGAUAGAGGUUCUCAUUUACUUCCAACAACCCUUACUCUGUCACUGAGGGAUUCCGAUUCGGAAGACACACCCAAAGAGUCAAAUCGAUACAGCACAACAAGGAGUUAUGCCUCACAAAUACCAAGUCCACCUCGGCAAGCUUCCAGAUUUCAUUAUGGCUUUGUUCCCGUGACCCAAACUGAAAGUGAAGAAGAGGAAAGAGACAGCAGAAAACGAGGGCGUUGGAGCAAAGGUGAAGUGUCUUAUGAACUGGAUGACCUAAUGGGAUCUUCUGGAGGUCACGUCACCGUCAUCAAAGCUCAUGGUGCUGCUCAUCCCAAGGUUUUGGCAGCGAGGAAAGUCAAUGGGGGUCCCUCCUACAAAUCUAUGAAGGCCAUUAUUAUUGAACCAAAAGAGCUAGAAGCUAAAAGAAUACGAGUAGUAGAGGCGAACACUGAAAAGGUCAUGACUACCAAAGCUAGAGUAAUUUCUGCUCCUGAGCCAAUGGUAACAACAGCAAUCAAAGCCAAAGCACACCCCGUGUCAUACAAACAGGCUGCUGUUUCGAAAAGCAAAGGUGAAGGCUGGGCAGCUUCGAAUAUCCAUUACAUAAAAGCAGAUCCGCCACAAGAUGCGUCUUCCAGGUUGCAAAACGAAGAUGGGCCCCCGAUGGAACUGAACUGUGGAGGAACAAGUGAUUUAGGAUGGUGUGAUCUUGGAGCUAACUAUCCUAGCACUGAAGUAUCUCAAAUAAUGGACGUUUGUGAAGAAUUAGUCAACAGAAUGUUCGUCGAAGUUCCCGAAGAAUCAGGCGUUAUGGAGGACAUUGCGUCAUAUUCUCUUUCCAGAAAUAUUUCGGACCAUGGUCCUAGAGCUUAUUGGCCGUGGAAGGAUACCCAAACACACUUUAAGGUCCCUCUAUGUGAAAUUGAGCGUGACACCAUUCGACCGAGCUUUGCUCAAGACAUUAGAGGCAAAUGGCAUGUCAUAAUACAAACUGAAACCUUUCCACAACGAAUAAACUUGGAAGUUUGCAAAAAACCUGGAGAACCCUGCUCGAGUGACUUAUGUAAUAAUGAGCAAUCGCAGUGCGUCCAAAAAUACAGCCAUCAUCAACUCAUCAGUUUUGAUCCAGAAAGUGCAGAAACCUGCCCGUAUAUUAGACUCUACAAAUUCCCGACUUCAUGCGUCUGCAGAACUGCGCUUUAAAGCACAUCAUCGAUAAGUGGAAGAUCUUUCUUCGCAAAAACAAAAGUCACCAAAAAUCAGAUCAAACUACAUUAAUAACAAAUCCAUCACUAGUCACUUUAUUGUGAAGACAACACGAUUGUUUCAAAGGAAAAAAUUCAGAAUCUAAAUCAGUUAAUCUACAUUCAUAAUUUCUCACAUUUUCAUCGCCUUCAUAAGCAUUUGUCCAGUCAAUAAUACAGGGUGUGGCAGAAUUUCGUUUGGAAGGUCUAUUAAAACAAACACUUACUGUAACAUAUCACGAUCAGAGAUUAUUCAUUUUCCAAUAAGAUCAGGCAUUCCUCCAUUUCUGAUAGAAGUUUGCCAUUUCCUCAAAAAUGAACGUUUUGGUCGUAUUUAAACAACCUUGAUUUGCUAAGACUAUGUUAGAAAUUUGGAGACUGCUGAUUGGUUGUCACUUUAAAAACGUCAACCAUUUUCUUUAAAGCUUGUUUUACAUUCCCUAAUUAUUGUUUCAUUUCGGAACAAAAUUUUCUGGACGUUUUUUAAAGCGGAUAGAGGGUCAAAACGUCCAAUUCAUGAAUUCGGAACUUCUGAGGAACGAAAUUUGUUCACAUGCGUUAGAUGCGGAAAAAACAUGGCCGACUUAUUUGCGUCGGUUGGCCCAUCAAGAGUUCCAGAACUAUUAAAAAAUCCCUAGUUGAGUAAAAGUUGUUUGUAUGCUUCCUGGUCAUUGAGUUGGACAAUUGGACAUUGGGUUCUGACGACAAGCCACUUCUUUCAUAGCAACCGCGGUCUCUGGACUUAACUCCUAUGCGAUUUUUUAUGCGGCUCAUCAAAGAUCGUAUGUUCGUGUCCCCUAUGACACGUGGUUUACAAGAUCUACGCCAAAGGAUUUCAAAUGCAUAUAUGUUAUCAUUGAUCGUGACAUGUUUCAGUGAGCGAAGAAAGAAUCAGAAUUUAGACUUGAUAUCUGCCGCAACACGCAAGAUUUACUUAUAGAGAUUAAUGAAAUCUCUGUAAGUAAAUCUUGUAGAAUUUCUUCUUCGGUAAAGUCAGUGUUGUUGAUGUAUUGGUGAUAUUUUGUUUCAGCAAGCCUUCCAAACCUCGGAGGGAAUUUGGACACAUCCUGUAGUUUUCACAUAAAGUCAGCUCUCGGUGUGAUGAAUCUCUAUUCAGUAAACUUUCAGAUUUUUUAUUUUCAAAUAUAGUUCGUCCUCAUUUCUCACCUAAAUGAACUUUGAUACAUUUAUUUUCCAUAUUUUACCACCAAACGUCAGAACCUAAUCGAUGUUCCAGUGCAUUAUUCCUCAUUAAAACCAGGGGUAGAAGAAUAAGUGCGCUCGUUAUAAGUUAUUUACCUUGGCAUAGCUGGCUAUGCUUAUCAUUUGAGUAUUUUGAAACCCGCUUUCAUAAUCUAUCAAACGGGUGCUAAUGUUCAAGUUUGCAUAAAUUAUUCGUCCCAUUGUACGAAGGAUAUUUCAUACUUCAGCUUGUGAUACCAUAGUAAAAUUUAGUAGUUAGCCAAAUUCAUUGGGGACAGUUAAUGCCAAAGAUACUUUUAUACUUUUUUUGCAACUGUCUCAAGAAGAUUGAACUUGUGUUUUUCAUAGCUUCAUAGUGCAAGA